CACGUACCUAUGUGUGUGUGUGUGUGUGUGUGUGUGUGUGUGUGUGUGUGAGAGAGAGAGAGAGACAGAGAGACAGAGAGAGAGAGAGAAAUGGCACCCCGUCCACUUGGUGACGGUCAGAAACGGAAGUCGUGGUCCAUCAAGGCAAAGUUGGAUAUAGUCAAAGAGUAUGUGCCGGGUGUUAAAGGGAAAGGGUUCGACAUUGUUGGGAGGAGAUUUGGGGUCGACAAGUUCACACUGCGCCAGUGGGUCACGCAAAAAGACAAGUUGGAGGAAGCUUUGAAAAACACAAUAACGAACAGUAGAACACAACGCCGGCUUGGGGGUGGGGGGCGGAAGCCUGCGCAUGACGAAUUGGAGGAGCAGCUCGAGCAGUGGGUUUUGCAGAAGAACAAAAGCGGACUGAGAGUUAGAGAUCAAUACAUACAGGCGAAAGCUCGAGUGAUUUAUAAGUUGCAGAAGAAGAAGGGAGAGGUGGAGGAGGGUGCGGUCUUCGAUGGGUUGACGGGCUGGAUGACGCGCUUUAAGAGCCGAAAGGGGUUUGUGUCACGACGACACACAACCUCAAGGACCUUGCCUUCCGAUGCUGCAGACACAUGCAGAGCUUUCAUUGACGAAAUCCACAGCGUCAUUAACAAGCAUAGCAUUUCCCCGGUUAACGUUUUCAAUAUGAAUCAGGUCCCGCGCUACUUCGAGACAGAGUCGUCAUCUACAAUUGCAACGCGAGGGACACGUGAGGUGCUGAUGCGCAAAGCAAGCAGCUCACACAAACGCUUUACCGUCACUUUCACUAUCUCCAUGGCUGGUGAAAUGUUGAAGCCUCACCUUCUUUUCGCGAAGUUGAAGAACAAGCCAGCGGUGGAAGAGUCUGUGGUUGUUGAUGUUAACAUGACGGGGAUGGGGAGUAUGGACACAAUCAUCUCAUUCAUCAACGACACAAUAGCAUCAAGAAAAGAGACGGCAUUUAGCCGCAAGCCUGUUCUUCUGAUCAUCGAUAGUUAUGGACCUCAUUUGAAGGUGGCUGAGAGUGAAAGGUUGAAGAAGAUGAACAUCCAUGUUUGUAUUGUCCCUCCCAACCUGACGGGUAUUCUUCAGCCUCUUGAUGUUGCUGUGAAUCGGUUUUUCCAGCAAUCUUAUGGACGCCAGUACGAUGCAUACAUCUCCAACGCUUCAGAGAACCCGUCCUUGCAGAUUGGGUUUGCCAAAGAGUUUGCUGAGGCACCAGUCCCUGUGAAUGUAGAUUUGCUCACUGCCCCAAAGUACUUCAUUCCUGAGGAUGUGAUUGACGGUCAGCAAAAUAGUUACUGGCAAUGCCUUCAUCGGGUUGUGUUGGGUAGAGCACCGUCCAUUACUUCUGCAGAGUUCCGGUCCAACACUGUGGAGCACAUGAAGGUCAUGGAAGUCCUUGCUGACAUCACUGACGAUGCGUACUUUGCUGAUCUUGCAUCGGACACAUGCAGAGCUUUCAUUGACGAAAUCCACAGCGUCAUUGACAAGCAUAACAUUUCCCCGGUUAACAUUUUCAAUAUGGAUCAGGUCCCGCGCUACUUCGAGACAGAGCCCUCAUCUACAAUCGCAAAGCGAGGGACACGUGAGGUGCUGAUGCGCAAAGCAAGCAGCUCACACAAACGCUUCACCGUCACUUUCACCAUCUCUAUCACUGGUGAAAUGUUGAAGCCUCACCUUCUUUUCACGAAGUUGAAGAACAAGCCAGCAGUGGAAGGGUCUGUGGUUGUUGAUGUUAACAUGACAGGGAUGUGGAGUACGGACACAAUCAUCUCAUUCAUCAACGACACAAUAGCAUCAAGGAAAGAGACGGCAUUUAGCCGCCAGCCUGUUCUUCUGAUCAUCGAUAGUUAUGGACCUCAUUUGAAGGUGGCUGAGAGUGAAAGGUUGGAGAAGAUGAACAUCCAUGUUUGUAUUGUCCCUCCCAACAUGACGGCUAUUCUUCAGCCUCUUGAUGUUGCUGUGAAUCGGUCUUUCCAACAAUCUUAUGGACGCCAGUACGAUGCAUACAUCUCCAACGCUUUGGAGAACCCGUCCUUGCAGACCAAGGCGGGCGAUCCGAAGACCCCGACAUACCAGAUGGUUGUAGAUUGGGUUUGUCAGUGGGCAAAAACGAAGACGAAGGAGGAUAUCGCACACGCAUUCGCAAUGUGUGGUUUAGUUCGCAAGGAGGAUUUUGAUGUGGAGAAGCUGCACCCGCCACUGAGAGCAUUGUACAAUAAUGUGGUCAAAAUAGAUGACUGGAAUGAUGCGUAUGCGGAAGAGUUUGCUGAGGCACCUGUCACUGUGAAAGUACAUUUGCUCAUUGCCCCGGAGUACUGCAUUCUUGAGGAUGUGAUUGACGGUCAACCAAAUAGUUAUUGGCAAUGCCUUCGUCAGGCUGUGUUGGGUAGAGCACCGUCUAUUACUUCUGCAUAGUUCCGGUCCAACACUGUGAAGCACAUGAAGGCCAUGGAAGUCCUUGCUGACAUCACUGACGAUGCGAACUUUGCUGAUCUUGCGU